AGUUCAGGAACUCUUCUACAACUUUACUGUGGUACUGUUAUAAUAAUAAUACUCUAAUUACUCUACCACACUAUGGACGUUGAUAAAUGUAAAAACAAUUUUUUACCUUUACACAAUACCAGAGCCGAAAUUUCUGACAUUCAAAGUAAAUUUUACUCGUGGUUUGAAGAUAAAGGAAUCAUUAACAAGCUGCGAGCACAUAUAAAAGAACAGAUGAUAUCUGCUCUAGAAGACAGCCCUAUGUGGAACAUUAACAAGAGAAAUAUCACUUCCCCAAAAAUUCAAGCCAUCAACCUCUUAGUUGCUGAUUUUCUGAUGAAACAAGAAAAUUUGUUUACAUUGUCUGUGUUCAUCACAGAAGUACCGUUAUUGUGCAAUUUACAUGAAUUCUCUUCCUAUGUAAAUAGUUUGGGUGAAAGCACUCAAAAAAUUCCAGUCACCAAGCCUAGUUUUAAAUUAAAUGAUGUUCAGGAUAUUCUAGAAGCAUUAGGCAUUCAACCAAAUUCUGCUAUCUCAGAAUUGGCGUGCCAAUACUAUUUUAAUGAAAAACAAGUUCAUUCAUUAUUGGCCUGCUUAUUCAGAUCGAUCACUACUAUAACAAAUAAUCUCAGUCAAUGCAAUGAAGUUAAAUUCAAUCAAAACUGUAAGAAAAUAAACAAAUCUAACAAUGUAGAUAGUGAUACUUAUGAACAUAGAUUAAACAGUUGGCUUGUAAGUGUCGAUGACAUAUUGUGCUCAUUCAAUCUAAACGAAGGACAAAAAAAUACUUUAAAAAUGUUAUUAAAAAAAUACCACCAAAAUAACAAUAACCAAGAAGCUACUAUGUACAAAGAACACUUAAGAAAACUAGAAAAAAAGAAUAAGGAAAUGGUUGAUAAAGUUGCAGAUGUAGAACAAAUGGUGGCUGCACAUCUUCAUUCUCGGGAUGAUAACUUUAUGUUUCAAAAAAAAGAAAUAGAAUAUGCCACACAACAGCUUCGUUUAGAACAACAGCAGCUUUAUCAAUUAAUUAAUGUGUUUGAAGUAAGAGAGCAAUUUUAA